AUGGUGCACAAGGCGCGAGAAGCAAAUAUAUUUACUUACGCAAAAUUUGAUGUCGCUGCCCUUUUAUCACUUGCGCACAGCCUUCGCGGGAAGGAGUGCUCUUGUGAUGAAACCCAACGCCCUAAUAGUGGUAGCCUGAAUUGGGUCAUCUUCAUCUCAUUUGAGGAUGGGGUCGAAUGGGUUUUCAGGUCUCCACGCAGAUCAUCCGAGCUCAAGAAAUCCACUGCCAGUGAGGUGCUCAUUAGUGAGGUAUCGACGAUGAAGUACCUCGGAGAAAUGAGCAAAAUACCUGUGCCAGAAGUGUUCUCUUAUUGUGCGACCGACCAGAAUGAUAUCAAGGUCCCAUAUAUCUUGAUGAGCAAAGCUUCCGGGGUACCUCUAAGCACAUAUCAAUGGGAAGACGACAUGGCCAGCCCGCCUGGUAUCGAUGACAGUCCACAACCGGUGUUAUCAACAAUCCAAAAAAGGAGAAUCCUCGGACAACUUGGGGGUAUACAUGCCGCACUGUCCAAUAUACGGUUCGGUGAAAUCGGCUCACUUUUUAUGGACAGCAAUAACUCUUACGCUACGCGGAAGUGCUUAUUUCCUAGCCUAGUAUGGCAGCAUCGGGACGAAUUUGAUGAUACGGACGUCACGCGUGGGCCUUUCUCAGAGGCGAAAACAUUCUACAUGGCCUCCAUAAAUUCGUUUCUUGCUCAUUCAGCAGAACUACCGAUGGAGCACCACCUCUUCCAUGCACCAGUGCCUGUCGUUCAAGAGUACGAUAGCUUUGAAGAAUAUCGGCUGGCUACUGAUCGAUGGAACGAUUACGCCACUGUGGGAUCCAAAAUUGAGAGCAGGGAGAACCGGCUUGAUUACACUUUAGUCGGUAUUUCACUUAGGGAUAUGCACCCUGAUAUAAGCACGCAAAAUAUCUUUGUGGAUGAGGAUCUGAAUAUAACGUGUAUUAUCGACUGGGCUUUUGCGUCUUCCGUGCCUCCUGCAAUGCUUCUUGUCUGCCCCGGCCUCCCUCACCCUCGUGAUGGCAUACAUUCCUCUCUUUUAGGAGCCUUUGUUGACGGCUUUAUAGCUGGAGAAGGGUUCGGUUGUGCGACUGCGCUUGACUUCGCACAUAACGACAUUUUCUGGGCAUUCUUUCGUCUGAUUAAUCUCGAUUCUCUGCAAGAUUUUCACUACUUCUCUCUACUCAUUCAUUCAAUUAUCGGACAGGAAGUGUACCCUUACCUUCGCCAUAUUAAGGGAAAGACAGAGUUCCUUGAAGCAGCAGAAUACGUGUUGGAAGAUGAAGAUGACCAAGAGAGGCUGAAGCGGGAUGAAGAACAAUACUUUUCAUGUGUUGGUCCCCAGCGGCAGGCGCUCUCACGCCAUCUUACCAUGGUCAAACAGCUCAAUAAUCAAUUCGUUGCGGAUAAGAGGUUAUGGAAAUGGAUUGAACUUUAUCUAAAUCAGCGAGAUUUGGAUAUGUUUUCUUGA